UAAACCGGAAGUAGUCCCGUUUUUGAAGGCAGCUCGUUUGUCUGGUCGUUGCCUGCCAUAAGACAUCGGUGGCUGCCUGCCAAGCGGAGGGGGCAUGUCCUGGGUCCGGCCUUGGCUCAGCUCCGCGGCAGCGACGACGAUGACGCCUUUGACGAAGAUUUGGAUGGAUGGAGCUCGCCCAGAAGGAGUGGAAGAGCGCCAAGGAAAGAGGGUCCAAGAAGGCUAUAGGGAAGGAAUUGAAGCUGGGAAAAAGGUGACACUUCAAGAAGGCUUUAAUCAGGGAUAUAAAGAAGCAGCAAGGAUGAUGUUUUCCUGCGGCCAACUGAAAGGAACAUUAAGUGCUCUCUCAUCUUGGUGUCAACACAAUGGGUGCAAUUCUACAACGGUGAAUGAGGUUACUGAACUACUGAAUGAAUUAAGAACAUAUGAAGAGUAUGUGCUUAAGGAUUUUAACCAUACCCAACCGCAGACACAUGUUGGAGACUUGCAGGAUACCAUUGAGGCCAUGGAUCUUGGUCACACAUGCAGUGGUACUACAACUGCAAGUAUCUGUGAAAAUGGCACUGCAUUCAGUGGACACCACUGUAGGAACAACAGUGGGACUGAUUCUGUCCAAGGUGAAUGUUGUCGAAAGAGAAAAGAAGGCAGAGACUUCAGAAGGCCAUCCCUGACUUCGCUAAAAGAAAAAAUAGUCUGUUUAGUGGAGAAGUUAGGUUUGAACUCAGACACAAUUGGACACAUCCACCUGUUGCAAACUUAAUUCAUGGCAUGAAAUACAAUUUAUGGAUAAAUCCUUUUUGUGAUGGAAUGAAGCCACUUCAGCAAAAACAAAGUGUUCUUUAUUUAUGUAGUGGGCCAAAUCUGUGGUAUUACAUUGAUAUGGUUUCUGUUUAUAGUCAGCCCUCCACAUUUGUAAGGGUUAGGAGCUUAGCACCUCCAUAAAAGUAGAAAAAACGUGAAUACAGUUGCCACCGCCAAUCCACUUCUAAAGUUGCUGUGUGCGCAGAACUACCUUGGUUUUCAGUUUUUGAGAGAAUUAUUGCUGUGGUUUAUGGCCUCAGUUUUAGAUGUUGAAUAAAGAAUUCACUGAAACUCCCUUGGAGCUCAAAACUUUGAUCACCCACUGAACAGAAGUGGGAAAAAAGCAUACUAUAAGAAUUUUCUAGCAGCAAGACAGUUUUAAGAAUGAUAAAAAGCUAUCCCUUAAAUAUGAAUAAUUUCCAGUUUCUGGAUUUGUCCUCCCCACUCCACAGAAAGCCAUUUCCCCUCACCUGCAUAGUGGGACCAGUUCACAUGUUCAUGCUCAUCUGUUAUGGAAUGCAACCCCCAGCAGUCCUAGCCAGUGAUAGCUGUAGCCAGUGAUAAGGAAUGCUGGGACAUGCAGACAAACAACAUUAUUCUUAUCCCUUUGCUGAUAAAAUCACUACAAGUGAAGUUCCUUAUCAUCUGAAGUCAGUUCAGGCAAUACUUUAAAAAAGACACAUUCACACAACUCCCCAGAUAUCAAGCAUGAACUUGACUCUGAGUUUGUUUGUUUUUUUUUAAAAAAAUGUAAUGUUUUUAAAGUGUUUUUAUCUUCUGAGCCACCCUGGGAGAAAAGCAGCAUAAAAAUGAAAUAAAUAAAUACAUAAUCCAUUCAGUAUUAAUUGAGACCAAAGGUAUGCAAGAUAUGGAGCACAAAACUCAUGUGUAUGGUCAGGCAGCACUGUGAGAUGAAGUGGGCCUGCCUGUGCUUCCCAGCUUCUUGUGGGAAUCCCUCUGAACUAUUUGUAUCACAACAUAAUGUAUGAAGCUGUACAUUUGAGACAAGGUGGCCAAAUGCUCACAGAAUAUUUUAAUAUGAGAAAAGUGUAAUAAAAUUGAAUGUUCAUCCCACAGGAGAGGUGGGGAAUAUGUGGCCUUGCAGGUGGUGUUGGACUGUGGUUCCCAGAAGAUAUAGACAGUGUUCUCAAUAGUAGGAGCUGAGGUCCAAUAUCAUCUAAAGAGCUACAGCUUGCCCACACACCUUAGAUGUUAAUUCCAUACCAUUCAGAAAGCUCAGGUAAGGCAUUACCAUUUAAUACACUCUUUGUGAUACUACACAUAGCUAUGUGCUGUAUUUCCAACUAUAGGUAUAAAGUCUGGCACUAGAUGUACAUUUAUACCAAAUUAGCUAUGCUGUAUCUAUAUGCUGAUCCACUUUACCUACUAUUUUGACUCCCCAAUAAUAACAAAAAGAAGAGAAACAUAUUAGAAACUCA